UCUCAUAGACUGGGGAGAGUUUAGCCAGGUACAACGUUAUGGAACGCUGCGGAUGGCAUGAAUAGAGUGGACAUGAUUCCUUAUUCUACAUGUCAGAGGCAUGAUGGUUUUAUUUUUCUAUCUGUGUGUUCUCUAACGUUGUGUACUGCUAAAUGUGCCCCAGUCUCUGUUGAGCAAAGUGAGAGCGCUGGUUUCAUCAGCAGAAAACCACGAGUCACAAGGUUUCCCAGUGACUGAAAGGGAGGGACGGGAUGCCAAUUGAAUGAAUCCCACGCUGGACAGGAUUUGAGAUCAUAUUUUGCAUGACUAAGCCUACUCUUGAGUUUGUUUAGUUUCUGAAUACCAUUUUGUAGGGAAUCGUCUUCUGCCCCCGAUUGAAAGUUGUAAAACGCGGCAAUUUUUUUUAACAAUAUGUACGUUAAUGUUUUUAUUUUAAUUACUCUUAUUUAUUACUGUUGGCGCCACCCAAAGGUUGUUUUUUUAAUGUACGCAAUGACGUCAUUUGACAGUUUUGGGAGGCUAGCUUCUUGACGGAGGAACAAAGUGAAAGCACAGCGGAUGUUUUAUGUGCAACAGCCUACUAAACAAAGUUUUCCCAAUACACCUGCCACGCAACCACCCAACAGUCUUCACCGUGAGACCUAAGAGGACGCCACACUGGCAGCAAUGUCUUACAGUAAAGCAGACAGCUAUCGCACCCAGCCACGGGACUCCAAUACCCUCAUCCAGACAUGCAGCUCAAACAUCCAGAAGAUCACACAGAACACUGCUCAGAUAAAGAGCAUGGUGACUCAGCUGGGGACGAGGCAAGACACAAGCGAACUGCAGGACCGUCUGCAGCACAUACAGCACUUUACAAACCAGCUGGCCAAGGAGACCAACAAGCACCUGAAAGACCUGGGCUCCGUCUCACUAUCUUCAGCACCUUCCGAGCAGAGGCAACAGAAGAUCCAGAAGGACCGGCUGAUGAAUGAUUUCUCCGCUGCCCUCAACAACUUCCAGGCCGUACAGCGCCAGGCAGCACAGAAGGAGAAGGAGUCUGUGGCCAGAGCCAGAGCUGGUUCCCGUCUCUCUGCUGAAGAUGGUGCCUCUGAGGAACAGCUCGUGUCUUUUGAUAACCAAGAAGAUUGGGGUCAGACAACCACACAGACGACAGAGGAGGCCAUAACAGAAGAGGACUUGGAGCUUAUCAAGGAGAGAGAGACCAACAUCAGACAGCUGGAGUCGGACAUCUUGGAUGUGAACCAGAUCUUCAAGGAUCUAGCAGUGAUGAUCCAUGAUCAGGGAGAGAUGAUUGACAGCAUAGAGGCCAACGUGGAGAGUGCUGAGGUCCACGUAGACCGAGGGACAGAACAGCUCCAGAGAGCCUCCUACUACCAGCAAAAGUCCCGUAAGAAGAUGUGCAUUCUGGCUAUGGUCAUGUCCAUAGUACUGACCAUACUAGGCAUCAUCAUCUGGCAAGCCACCAAAUGAGAAGAGAGACAGACAACCCUCCUCUCUUUCACAUCUUUAUUUAUUUCAUUCCCCCACCCAACCUGAAACACCAGCCCGGGAUGGAUCCCCUCCAACCUGAAACAUCAGCCCGGGAUGGAUCCCCUCCAACCUGAAACACCAGCCCGGGAUGGAUCCCCUCCAACCUGAAACAUCAGCCCGGGAUGGAUCCCCUCCAACCUGAAACACCAGCCCGGGAUGGAUCCCCUCCAACCUGAAACACCAGCCCGGGAUGGAUCCCCUCCAACCUGAAACACCAGCCCGGGAUGGAUCCCCUCCAACCUGAAACACCAGCCCGGGAUGGAUCCCCUCCAACCUGAAACAUCAGCCCGGGAUGGAUCCCCUCCAACCUGAAACAUCAGCCCGGGAUGGAUCCCCUCCAACCUGAAACACUAGCCCGGGAUGGAUCUCCUCCAACCUGAAACACUAGCCCGGGAUGGAUCCCCUCCAACAUGAAACACCAGCCCGGGAUGGAUCCCCUCCAACCUGAAACAUCAGCCCGGGAUGGAUCCCCUCCAACCUGAAACACCAGCCCGGGAUGGAUCCCCUCCAACCUGAAGCAAUGCCCAGCUAGCUCACUGUUGCCAGGGUCAGGGGAGUGGCAUCAGGGCAAAGGGAUGGGUCUGGGAUAUGUAACCUGACACUCCCUACCUGAGCUCAAGGCCUCCAGCUAACCUCCUGUUUCAUUUACCCUGAGACAAGGCAGUAGUAUUUCUAUUCAAAUGAAGGAGAGUAUUGGAGUAAAAUGGGGCUGGAGAGUGUAAAUUAAUAUAAAGAUAUUCUGUUUAAUUCUACUUGUGAUAUUUACUACACUAACAUUCAUUGUAUUUCCAAACACAUAAUACAUAAUUGUUGUUAUAUCAUUGUUGAUGAACUAUUAUAUAUCAAAUGGGGACGGACACCGAUAUGGAAAAAAAAUAAAACUGUUGUUUUUGUAAAUUCAUCUCUGGGUUUUGUAGGGAGAUAAAUGAUUUUGGUAACCUGUACAUUUCCUGCACCUUUCUGGUAUGUAAAACAGUUUAGAGUGCCACACUCCAUUCAAGUUAUAGGAGAGGUUUCCUGAACACAGAUUGAGCCUCGAUGGCGAUUCUGCAUUGAGCUUGCAUUUUAGUCCAGGACUAGUCUUAAUCUGUGUCCAGGAAAACCACCUCAUGGUCCUUAUAUUGCUCAGGUGAGAUCAGGUUCUGAUAGUGAACCUUUUUUUUUAAACUUUUUUUUAAAAUCCAACUGUCUACAUGAUAAUAACAAACUCUCUGGUCGUAAUAAACACAUUUUAUUAACACUGUUGAAGAGCAAACCUCUUAGCAGUUUCCAAAAUACAGAUUAAGCUUCAAAUGAUUUGUAAUUACGUUUCCGGCACCUUGACCAUCCAUCGGCUCAAUAAUAAUAAUUUUUUAAAUCAUUCCGCGGUUCAAAUCUAGUUUAUAAUCCCUGUCGUAGAUGGCGUUGACUGGAUAUGAUGAUCAUAGUUGUUUAUGUGCUGUAAAACUUCAUUUAUGACUGAUGUUCUCGUUAUGAUGCAAUUUUUUUUGUAAUAUAUUACAAUCUUGGACUACAAACCCAUUAUAAUGACAAUAUUAUAUCUGUUAAUUGCAACCAUAGUUUUAAAAACAAAACAAAAGUAAUUGUCAACCUGUUUUAUUGAUAUCUAUGGCUUCUAUCAAAUAUGCUUAAAUAAAAACUCUUAAAUACA